AUGCCUAUGAACUUUGUGAUGGAGGUCGAGAUCUUUGAUGUGUGGGGGAUAGAUUUUAUGGGUCCCUUCGUAAGCUCUUACAGCAUCACACAUAUCUUGGUGGCAGUAAAUUAUGUCUCUAAAUGGGUCGAGGCAAUUGCUUGGCCGAACAAUGAGGUAAGGAGUGUAACCACUUUCUUGAAGAAGAACAUAUUUACGUGGUUUGGAACCCCAAGGGCCAUCCCUAGUGAUGGUGGUUCUCAAUUUUUCAACAAAACUUUUGCUGGGCUACUCAAAAAUUGUGGAGUUAAGCACAAGGUGGCCACCCCUUAUCAUCCGCAGUCGAGCGCAUUCAAGACUCCCAUUGGCACCUCACCAUACCGACUGGUUUUUAGUAAGGCAUGUCACUUACCGGUUGAGCUUGAACACAAAGCUAUGUGGGCAUUGAAAAAGUUAAAUCUUGACUGGGCCGAAGCUGCUAAUCUAAGGAUGACCCAAUUCAACGAGAUGGAAGAAUUCCGUUUUCAUGCCUAUGAGAACGCAACCUUAUAUAAGGAAAGGAUGAAGUUUGUUCAUGACAAGAAGAUUUUGAAGCGGGAAUUCAAAUAUGGUGACUUGGUCUUACUCUUCAACUCAAGGCCGAAGCUGUUUCCGGGCAAACUCAAAUCCAAAUGGUUUGGCCCAUGCAAAGUUGUGAAUGUGUCUGGCUAUGGUGCCAUUGAAUUGGAAUCCGAGGACAAGACUCAAACUUUCAAAGUAAAUGGCCAAAGGGUCAAGCAUUACCUCGGAACCAGUGGAGAAAGGCACUUGGUGGAACAAUACGCACUCAUGGACGGUCCUACACCAACCCCCACCAAUGUUUAG